AUGUCUACUCACGUUAUGACCGCCACCGCCCCCGGCACCGCCAACCAGAUCUCAGUCUAUGGUCACCCAUCGCCCACAAACUCCAAUACAACUACUCCCUCAAACAAUUCUCCUACCUCCCCUCACCUUAAUACCGCCACUCUGCACCAACUGCCUUUGCAGUCGCGUCAGCUCCGCCCUCCCAAGGGCCCGCUGUACGUCCCCGCGGCUUUGCGACCGACCGAGCGUCCUCAAAAGUCCUCUCCCAUUACCCCACCGCGCAGCGUGCAUGGUUCCCUCGACAGUCUGAACGAGGACUCGGACGAACCCAUCAGUCGCCGCUCCACUAUGGAGAGCAAGUAUAGUGGCAUCAGCAAGUCAGCUGAGCAUGAGUGGAUGAAGACCGAACAACUGGGCCUUGUGACUGGCCUUCCCACUCGGGAUCACUGGAAAGCGGACUCUGCUUCCCCCAACUGUGACUCUCCGACUUGUCGCUCCUCUUUUGGCAUCUUCCUGCGUCGCCACCACUGCCGCCACUGCGGUCAUGUCUUCUGCUCCUCCCACACCCCUCACAUUGUCCCUCUCGACCAGGAUGCCCGCUUCCACCCGGAUGGUGUCCCUUCCAGAGCCUGCGAUCUGUGCUGGAGUGCUCACCAGCGCUGGGAAGAGACUCGCACCGAUCGACUCAAUAAGAUUCAAAACAACAUGGAUUGCAAGAGCAUUCACGAUGAUGCCACCCAAGAUCUCGAGAACAGCCAGGAGUCCGGUCGUGCCCUGCAAGCCAACCUAGGACAGACUGCCGACGUGGCGGCCAGUGUUCCCCGUGACUGGAACUGGAGCACCUUCUGA